AAGAAGAAGCGAACUCUAUUUACUGAUAUAAUCGGAAUCACGAAUGACAUUGCGAGAUAAGUCUAUCAAGGAUCGAAAGAGAUCUCUGAGACUACGUUAGCUCAUCUUCCUUUAGUCAUGUAUCCUGCAUGGUUCAUCAACUCCUGAUAUAUAGAAACACAAGAGAAAACACAAAAAAGAUGAGCCAAUUCAAAAGUUCAAGUCACCAAAAGAAAUAAACAAAAUGAUCAAAAGUUUACACAAGAGAAAGUCUAAUACCUGAGAAUGAGUCUGAGCGCCUUUGAGUCUUUUCCAACAUGGAGAGAAAGGCCUUAAGGCCAUUUAGGAUCGCAGGAGCUCUCUAGCAAGCCUUCGAGAUUCAUCUCUACCAUCAUCUUCGAUAUCUGUUCGUUAGGCUUUGUUGGAGCCUCUGCCGAAUCAAAAAAGGCAAACACUUUCGACUGUAAACGUGUGAGUCAAGAAAUAUCACAAACAUUUUGUAACGAGGUUGGUUGUAACCAUGUUGCCUGAGCCAACGGUGCAGAAGCCAUUAACAACGUCAACGAUGACGAGACCGAAGCUUGAGCCUCUUUUCAAAAACCAGAGAUUCUUGAGUUCGUUUUUAAAGCUAGCCAUUGUUAAAUGUAUCAAUCGGGGGUGUAGCUCAUAUGGUAGAGCGCUCGCUUCGCAUGCGAGAGGCACGGGGUUCGAUUCCCCGCACCUCCAUCAUUUUUCUGCAAUUCUUUUGGUUGCUGGCUCAUUCAAAAGCCACUUUAUGGGCCUAUAUUGCUUAUACGCCCAUUAAACGCACUUUCCAAUCUCACUAAGAUUUUCUUUUCUUGGGCUUCACUCGUUUGCUACUGGUUUCAGUAAUCGAUUUCUGUAACAAUGGAAUUUAGUGUAACACAGAGGAAGAAAAGAUUCAAAAAAUUCGAAGAGUAUCGUAUUUUAAAUCGGAACUCGUUUUUGAUUGACAGGUUUUCAGUGGAUACGUAUGUUGCAGUGACGGGCUUGAUUAAUUCCAGUCUUUUAAUUGGAAUUUUUAGUUUCGGAUAAGAAAUAGUUUUUAGCUUUUCUUAGUUUUUAAUUAAGAAAAACUAAGAAUUUCUUAGCCGAAAAGUAAAAAAAAAAAAGAAAAUCACAGAUUAAGAACCCCGUCUAAGAGACCGGGUUAAUCAUAUUCUUAGCUACUACUGAGACGUCGUAGUUUUAAGCACGAGGGACUUCGGCCCAUAAUUUAUCGGUAAUUAAAAAAGAAAAAAAAAGAACUAUAUUUCCCAUCAACCGCAUGAGUUUUCAUGCAACGGGUGGGUCAAUUGAUUGACUAAAACUGAUCAAAUGGUUGCUAUGACGAUCAAUGAAUAAUGUUGAUGUUAUCAUUAUUAGUGAUAUAUUGAUUUUCCUAGUUUUAUUUGAAUAAAGAUUUCGAAAUUAAAGCUAACAAAAAGAGAGUUUUAGUUAGUGUACAAUAAAGACGAACAAUGGAAGUCAAGCUCCACAAGAAAACAAUGGAAGUCAAACUCGACCGUAUUCUACUAGAAGAAUACUAGGCGGAACGGAAUCAGAAAAUUUAUUACAUGAAUACCAUAAAUUGAUAUAUACUUCAAAUCGUUUCUUUCCCAAGUCAAUUAGUAAAUUUAUUAUUACUAUAAAUACAGUUGAAUAAAUAAAAUGAAUAUUUCCCUUAAACGCCGCUGUCUUUUAAUGUUCACAAUGCUGCGUUUGAAACGAAUCGCUAAUUUCCUUUCGUAAAAGAAAAAAAUCAAUAAGCGAAAAUGGUGGUGAUGUGAGAGAUUUACGCGUUUCCCAUAAACGAAACUAGUCUUUUAGCGUUUUGCCGUUCCCGCUUCUUCACCGUGACUUGCGAGGGAAGAAGAAAGAAACACACUACUGAAGAGAGAGCAACUAUUAUUCCUCGCCACCAUGAAUAACCUCAGUGGAGCAACAACCACCGUGUCGAAUCAGAAUCAACGACAGCAGCGACGGGCGACGAUCCACGUGUUACCUGACGAGGUGGCGUUACGAGUCGUCUGCCACGCGUCGGUUAUAGGCGGCAUAAUCGGAUCAAACGGCUACGUAGUCUCCACGCUCCGUCGCGAGACCGGUACCAAAAUCCACUGCGAGUCUCCGGUGAACGGUUCCGACCACUGGGUGGUAUUCAUCGUCGGAUCAACCGCCGUUAACAAAAGCUUUCUGUUGACUGACAGAGUCGGAGGCUUCGCCGGCGGUGAACACGAGGGUUGGGUGACUUGCGAGGUCUCCGCUGCUCAGAUGGCGUUGAUCAGGGUUUUGGAGAGGUCGUGGGCGGUUCUGGCGGCGAAGGAUAGCGGCGGAGUCGUGGUGGGGGAUGAUAAAGAAGCGUACUGUGGGAUUCUAGCUGAUCGGAGUCAGAUUGGUGCUGUUUUGGGGUUGGGAGGGAAGAGCGUGGAGUGGAUGCGGAGAAACUCCGGCGCUAUGAUUAGGGUUUUGCCUCCUCCGAGUUGUGGCACGAACAGUGAUGAACUGAUUCAGAUUACUGGCGAUGUCUUGGCUGUGAAGAAGGCACUGGUUAUGGUAUCAAAUUUUCUUCAGAAUAGUCCACCUCUCAAUGGCUAUCCACCGCCACUUUGCAGCAAGGCCUAUGACUCAACUACUGAGGGUCCUCACUCAGAGUUUUAUCCAAGCCUACGCUCUUCAUUGCCCAAUGCUUCCGAAACUGCUGCAUCCAAUAAUACUCAUACACCAACACCAUCAAGAAACCGUUUUCAAGAUUCAAUAGAUACAUACCGGAAGGUUGUGCUCAAAUUAAUCUGCACAAGUGUUGCAGCUGGAGGCAUAAUUGGGAGACAAGGAACUAUCAUCAGAGCUAUGCAGAUUGAAGCAGGUGCUUCUAUUUCCAUUGGAGCUCCAUUAAAAGUAUCCGGUGAACGUGUUGUUACCAUUACUGCACGUGAGAGCCUUGAGUCAGGGAACUCUCCUGCACAAAAGGCUCUGGGUCUUGUCUUUGCAAGAUCUGUUGAGAUUGAUGUUGGGAAAAGUCUGUUCCCGGGUGCUUUAGUGAAAGCUAAGCUACUGGUACCGUCACAGUUUGCUAAUGACUUUGUUGGAAAAAGAGAAGCAGUCAUGGUAACUGGUGUUGAUAUACACAUUCCAGUAGGUAGCCAGAUUCUAGACUGUCUUUCAGAAAAUGAACUGGUUAUAGAGAUUAUGGGAGAGUAUAGGUAUGUAGAAAAGGCCUUGUGUCAGGUUUCUUCAAAGUUACGUGAGAACCUAAUACCAAAGAAGGCCGUAGAAGAAGUGAGAGCUAGAGUUAGUAAUCCAUAUAAUCUGCAACCAUCACAACAAAACGCAGGGAGAGACGAUUCUCUCUCGGUAUUAGAUGGUGAACAAGACUUGAAUAUGCUCAGAAUCAGUACAGAAGUAAUGAAGUCCAUCGAUUGUACUCAUACCGAGGCGAAUGAAGUCAACGGUUUUACACAUCCAACAAGCUUAUUGGAGAAUGGGUUGACACAGGGUAUGGAACAGCUUCAACUUUGUAGCAAUGGAUACUUGUCUUCUUUACCACCACGAAGUAAAGGUGUAUCUUUGAGAAACGUUACCUUGGAGCUAGCUGUUGAGAAAGAUGCUCUUGCUGCACUCUAUGGAAGAGAUGGUGCCGGUUUAGACAAUCUACAACAGAUUUCAGGAGCCAGAGUGGAUGUCAAGGAUUCUCUUAUAGGAGUUGAAGCAACUGUCUUACUCACUGGGAAUCCUGAGCAAACCCAGACAGCCAUGUCUUUGUUCAUUUCAAUCCUUUCUGAUCAGUGAUCAUUCUUCAGCUAUUGUUGCGUUUUACAGCUCUGCUUUUGUACUUGAGAUGCGUUGUUUUUUUUUUUUAAUUUCCUGGUAAAACUUAGUCUAUAUCCCAAUACUCCAACCUUUUCUGGAGACUAGCAGUUAUCACAAUCAGUGCUGUUUCUUUUUU